UUGUCAUUAGUUGUUUAUUUAUAGAUCAUUUGUCAGUUUAUUCAACAUAAUAAGUUAACUCGUUAACAAUAAAAAAUGAAACAAUUUUUCGCUCUCUGUGUCUUUGCAUUUUCAUUUGCCUCAGUCUUUGCGAUUGAAUGUCAAGAAUGCAACAGAUCGGUCAAGACAAGUAUUCAACCUGGUAAUUGCCCUGAACCCAAUCGACUUCCACAACCAUUUGACCUUAAUCAAUACCUCGGUAUUUGGUAUGUACUGAAGUCAACCAAACCAUACUUCGAAGAUGGCCUACGGUGUCUUCAAGCCGACUAUAAGUUUGACACAACUACUGGUACCUUUGUUACUAACAGCACUGGCUUUGAUAUUUUCAACGAAACAGUUUCAAGAGUUCAAUUCGCCAAGUCAUAUGUUCAAGACAACGUCUUCACAGCCAAAUACUCUCUCACUAAGUUUUACAAAAUCUGAUCAGAAAAUGGUGAAUAUUCAAAAUUUAACUCCGUGUUUCUUAAAAUUUAGCCGCUUUCUAUUUCCUCACCACACAAUAUUGGG